AAGAUAUUUAAAAAUGUGAAAAUAUAAAUUUUUCAAUUACAUUUUUCACUACGGUUUAACUGGUGGCAGUGUGAACGUUGUAAAAUUUUUGCCAUUUGCAAUAUUACAUACGAAAAGUAUAUAGUUAUAGUGAUAAGCAAGUUGUAUUUGUCAAUAUCACCGUAUUUAUAUUUAGUAUAUGCGUACUGAAUUAAGGCAUGUCUUUAAUCAAUUGCAAAGAAGACAGUGCGAAGACCAAUAUACUAAUGGAGGAGGGUGACAGCAGUUUAGAACCUGGUGAAGUGAAAACACCUCCACAUGGCUCUGAUUCAAUGAAGCCAAAAGCGUCUGAGGAAAUAAAUACCAAAUGUGGUACACCCCAAUAUUUACCCUUCGUGAAAUCAGUUUCUAAGAAAGAUACUGACAAAUGUGCAGAGAAAGUGCGUGCUAUACUGGAACUAGACGCAAUUAAACGGAAGGAAGAACUAGAACGUAGGAAAGAACAGAAGUCGGAGUUCUUAUCACUCCAAAAUAAAAAUAAGAAAAAGGAACAAAAGAGACACAAAAGUACUAAAGAAGAAAACAAGGUUGCCGCCACUGCAGAUCAUAUUCCUGAUAGGUAUCAAGAUGAUUCUAUAAAAAAAACUAAACAAAAGAAAAACAUCCAUGAAGAUCAUAUAAAUUCUACUCGACAUAUUGUAGAGUCAUUCGAAAGUAUGCGAUCCAUUGGUAGUGCUGUUUCAAUGCCACUAUUGCCGCCAUUGGAUUUUGUCACACCUACAACUAAUGUAGCAUCCAAUUUUUCUCGUGGAUUUACAGGAAUGAGUAACACUACGAAUUAUCGCUCAUAUAAUCCAUUUAUGAGGACUUAUCGUACUGAUUUCCGGCAAAGGGGAGAUGAUUUCCACAAACACAACCGUACACGUUUCCCACGAUACCGUUCACAAUAUAAUUCAGGGGUUUUUAACGCACCAUCGGAUGAGUCUUGCCAUUCAUUACUUCAACCCACUAUACCUUAUUCACAGCUACUGUGGACCAAAACCAAACCUUCGAUAUCCUAUGCAUACAAUAUACAUGAUAGGCAUUCUUCUAAAAAUAGUAAGAAAGCAUCGGAAUUAAAUAUUUCGAAAAAGAAAAAGAACAAAAAGUCGAAAGAGCGAGAGGAAAGCAAGUCAAGUCAGUCAAGUCCAAAAAGUAGACGAAAAUCGAGUAAAAGAAAGAAAAUAAGAAAAAUUCGAGAAACAUUACAAUUACAACCGUUAAAAAAUUCUAUAUUUGCAAAUGACGAAGUUUUUUCAAUGAAAAUUGAUAAUUCAGAAAGCAUUAUUAGCGCAAGUACGGAAAAUUCAAUACGAAACGUUAGCUAUGAAAAUCCAAUUGCAGAGAGCUUAGUCCCAAGUUCUUUACAAGCAGACACAAAUAACGAAGAUACCAAUGCUUCGAGUAAAACUGUCAAUUUGUCGAAACCUCAAAUUUUGGAUAUGUUUGCAAGUUUGACUCCACCAAAGCAAGAUUCUCCGGCUAUCGACGUGAAAAGCUCUUCAAACUCAUCAUCGAAUAUUCAGAUAACAAACAAGCUUCAAGAAAUUCAAGAUCGAAUAGGCAGACUACUUGAUGAUGAUGAACUAAAACUUGAAGUCAUACAAGCAACUAAGGAAAAACUAUUAAAAAAAUCUCUUGAGCAUAUAGGAAUUGGUCAUCCUAAGAAACUUUCAACAAAAAAAUGUGAGGGCUUGAACUUGCCGAUUGGUAGCACAUCACCAAAUGGUUCAAAAGCAGAAGACAAACUACCCAGAAAACUUUCAAAGAAACGAAUUAAAGAGGAAGAAUUUAUACAUGGAUCCCUAACCGAAAAUAAAUUAAAAGGCAAAUCUUUCGAUAUCUUCGAAGAAACAAAGGUUGAUGUAGGGAAGAAUACAAAAGGUGAUCCAGAUUAUUCUCUUGAUUGCUCCGAUGGCAAAACUGUUAAUAACAUUUCUGUCAACCUAAAUUCCUCAAAUUUUAAGAAAAAACCAAUUGAAAACACACAAUUUGUUAAAAGAGAAUCUGACAAACUUACAAGUUUAGAAGAUUCUCCUUGUGUGCUUUCGAAAUUUGUAAAGUGUGUUAACAACGGCAGUCCAGAUACAGAUGAUUAUUCGGAUAAUUGGGAGAAUGAUGAUGACGAAAUGGAUUUAAACUCAGUUUUUCCAAAUAUAAAUCAGCAAACUUCUAAAAAUGUCACAAAUAUCGGAAUGGAAAGUCCAUCGUCAAGUAUUAUGGACAGUGCAGAAUCAGAUUCAAAUUCAAAAUUGCAAAGUACAACUCCGAAAAAUUCACCACCUCCUCAAUUAUGCCCUUCACCGAAAUUCAGUUACGAUUACAAAAAAAAUCAAAGGCCAAAUAUAAUUUGUCAGGAAACAAAAGAUAUGCAAUUAUUAUAUAAUCAAUUUAUGAAAAGUGUUGAAAAUGCUGAUAUUGAAAGUGAUCUGAAGUCAAGUGAAAAAGUGUCAAUCAGCAAGACUAAUAAGGAGAAAGAAAGCGAACAAUUAUCCACAUCAUCCACUUCUUAUUCGUCCUCUUCCUCUUCAUCAUCUGAUUCCUCGGUCUCAUCCUCGGGCUCGUCUAGUAGUACGAGCUCAAGUGAUUCAGCAUCGGAGGAUAGUAAUGAUACGGAUAUUAUUAAAAACAAUGAUUCAAAUACAGCAUGCAUUAAUGAAAAAACAUCCGAAAAAAUUACCAAACGUCGUUCAUCUGAUGGAGAAAAAGCGACACCGCUAACUGUCUCAAAGGAUGAUUCGAAGCCAAAUGUUGCCAGAGAUCUAAAGAAAUUAGAAAAUCUGGAAGCAAACUUAUUACGAAUACAAAUGAUGCGCGCUAAUUAUGAUUCAGCUGAUGAAAUAAGCGAUGAAUUACUGAAAAUGGAGAAACUCUUCUUACACGAGAAAAAUAUCAUUUUAAAUAAAUUUAUGGAUUCUUCAGCAAAUAAAUCAGUAAAGAUUGAAAAAGAAAGUCACAGUGAUUUAGAUAAUAACAUCCAACCGACAGUUGACUCAAUACAAUCGGCUACAUGUGCGCGGGGACAGUUCGUGCAGUCUUUGCAAAAAUUGCCAAACAAGGACGAUGUACCCGAAGUUUCAAAUAUAUUUAGCACAAAUCGAGAAGUAAUUAAAUUGACUAUAUCUCCUGUGAAGUUGCCUAAAACUUCUGCUAUAUUCGAAGUAGAUAAUGAUAUGGAAAAUUCUAAACAAGCAAUAGAUUCCCUUGAGAAAAAUAACUCUACGGUUAAACUACCAAAACCCGCAAAAGAAGUUGCAAUAGUCAAGCCUAUAAUGGAAACUAAGGAGUCAACAUCGGCUCAUCAUCAAAAACGUCGCCGAUCACCAAUAAUAUCCCACCAUACUCUCCAAUCAAGGUCUCGGUCGCGGCGAGGACGAGUGCGUUCUCUGUCUGUGAGUCCCUCUAGAAAUAGUAGUGGACGCUGCCUAUCGCCACAAAGACGCAGUGGUUUUUCAAAGCCAACACGCUACCGCAAUUUCGAGCGUCGAAGCCGGAGUCGUAGUCCCAGUUUUAGCCGGCAAAUUAGUCGGCGUUCCGGUGAUAUCAGCCCAAUUCCUAGAAAACGUCGAUCCCUUUUAAAUAUCGACGACCGAUUCCGGAAACAUUCACCCAGAAGGGAUUCUCGUUCACAUUCUCGAUCUCCAUGUUCGCCUCCUAAUCGCCAUCGUGGUGGUCGAUAUUCACGUUCGCCUUUGCCUUUCAAACCGCCGUCACCUCCCACAGACCCCAAUUUAUCUCCAACUGUUUUACGCCGUGGCAGCUUUUCUCCAGAACGACGGUCUCGUUCUAUCUCCCGUUCACCGAGUAAGAGAAUUACAUCACCGUCUGAAAAAUCGUACAAUAGUAGCAGACAUCGAUCAUUAUCACCAAAACAUCGGCUUUAUAAACAACAUCCCCCCCAACAUAGCAGCACAUCAUAUUACUUCAAUCACUCGCCGAAUAGAAUAUCUUUGGAUGCCCGUAUAAAUAUCGUGCUCAAUGGACCGUCUUCUGGUAACAAUGAAAAUAACAAUAGCAUUCAAGCAUACGAAGAUUACGGCCAUUAUGGUCAGUAUGGGCCAGCAGCUUAUAUGGCUAUACCAGGCGACUCCAAUAGCUUUUACACAAACCAGUAUGUACACAUUACAAACUCUGGAGCUAGUGGUCCUCCAACACAUGCCAUUCAACAGUCAUACCCAAACAUUAGACCUGUUGGUACAGAUGAAUCAGAGCUAUUUUCAUCAAUACAGCAGCACGUGAACGUGAAUACAUCCAACUUUUACUACAAUCGUUUUGGUACACAGCCUUUUGGAUAUAAUCAACCGUCACCAUUACUAAAGGAGCUACCCAAAGCCACAGUAGCAGUGCAAAAGGGAAAUGUACUUGAAAUUGUUCCAUGUAGUGACUUGCUAACAGGUAACGUUGCAGAAAAUACACAAGCCGACAGUGAAAAUCGAAUAAAAAAAGAUAGUUCUAAUGAAGAGGUUAUAGAAGAAAAUUCCGGUUCUAACGGGGAGAAAAACAAACGCAGUAUUUUGAAGGCAUUGGAUGGUGAAACAAAUUCAUUGCAGACCGGAUUAGUGAGUGCACCGAAGAAGAAACAAGUGAAUUUCGAAGAUGGUGUCUUUCCAAAUCACAAUAGUGACGAAGAAGACCGUAAGGUGAUAGAAGCGAAAAUACGUGUGAAGAUGCGCAGAUUAAAGAAGAAACAUGGGAUUACGCCAUCAUGUUAUAACUUGUUCGAAGAUAAAGUCCGUAAAGAAAAGCAAAAAGGAAGCUUCAAUAAAAAGGAUCAACAACCACCGCCACCACCAAAUGGUUUUCCACCUCCAAAUUUAGAGCAGCCAAUUUAUUUGCGAACUCAUACACCAACACCACUUUUAUAUUUUCACUUCGAUGGAGUUGUUCAUUCAAUGUAUGUAUCGCAAAUGGAAAGACCAAUACCUCCACGACUUCUUAAUCCGAAGUGUUUAACAUCAAGUAGUAUUGGCAUAGUUACUCAUGCUGAUUCACAAUCUCCACUUUACAUGCAGUCACCAAUUACCGCGGUAGCACCACAUUUGCAUACAAGUAAAAAGGAUACCCUUGCAACAUUCACCCGCCCGAAUAGAAAUGAAAAUCUUUCUCCAAAAGUGAUUUCUUCAACUUCAGCAUUGCAACAGACUGGAAGCCCGAAAAUAAAUCUUAAAAUUUAUUCGCCAAUCGACACAGAAAUUAGUAAUGUCACAUUGCCGAGUUCAUCGCCUAAUAGCAUAAAGGGUAACACCAUUCAUACAAUCUCAUCUGGGCCGAUAGCGAAUCAUUUAUUACCAAAGCGCCAAGAUUCUCCAAAAGACGCUAUUAGCACACGUACAAAUAUUUCAAUGGGAUUGUUACCUUUGCCCAUUACUCACCCUCCUAUGUCACAAAAUACACCAAUCACAUCACAGACCCGUAUUCCAGUUAUAGGUGUACCACCAACAGUAGUCCCUAAAGUAAUGUCGGCUACAUCAGAACCAUAUAUGCCGGGAUUUCCACAUACAAUGCUACAAAAUACACAUCCACAUCAUUCACUAAAUCAAAAUUACACUGUGCUCCCAUCUAUAGCUCAAACAAACAACCCACAUAUGGCAAUUGGGGUGCAACCAUAUUUUAAUCCCCCGAUUCAUCGAAUGACCCGGCCCGUACCAAAUUAUAUGGGUCAGCAGAAUCAACCAAGUCCCUCCUCGUCGAACUUGCCUAUCAGUCACUUGGUAGAUCCCAUAGAAACUGCUAAUUCCGACUUGGAUAAAUUUACUAGCCCACAAACGAUGGCGAUUCCAUUCAAUUUUAAAGGACCCGGGUAUUUGAUUUUGAACAAUUUGAAGGAAAUGUGCGAAAAGAAAAAGUAUUACGCUAGGCAAUAUAUUGUCGAUGAAAAUAUUUGGAACUCUUCAUCUUCUAGUGCUUCGGAAAAAGCAGCGGCAUGGCGACGACAGCUUAUUUUAUUAGAAGAUCCAGAACAUAAUUUGCCAAAAUCUGAAGUCUACGCACUGCUACAACAUCAUUACACUCGUUUGAAUUCUAACACCCUAGACGAAUAUAAGAAUCAACGUGUGGAUUCGGUAAAAUCGCGUUUGAAAAAGAAUAAUCACAUUCCUCUGUCCAUGGUUUAUAAGAAAGAUAAUUACGUAUUUGAGGAGUCAGAUUUUGAGCCUUCAUGUAGCGGUGUUUAUGAAAGUUGUAAAAAAAUGGAAGUAACUGACGAUGAUUUAAGGCGUUUGCAAGAUUCAAGUUACAGAGAAAAACCUGAAUCACUCGAUAAUGAAGACGUAUAUCCGAGAAGAAGUGCAUUAAGCUUUGGACAUCAACAAGCCCAACCUAAACUUAUUGAAAGUGUUGAGGCAACGAACAAUAAAAUUGCAAAAGAAUCCCUAAGCUGCAGAAAAGUCAACAUUAAAGGACAACAACAAGAACAGCCUAUUGGAGAAAACCAAUUUCGAACAGCUAGAGAAAUACUAUUAACUAAAACCAUUCAAAAAGCAAACACUAAUGACAGCAAAAGUCGCGACAAUGAUUUAAAGGACAUGCUAAAUCCUCCCAAAAAAGCAGAAGUACCAAUGUAUUUUAAUUAUGGCAUAACAAAAAAAGUUUUGGGCUCUCGUAGGACAAUGAAGUCAGGAUUUGUUUCAGCAAUAGUAAAGGAUAGUACAUUUACUAUGAAUUCAUCACCACAUCUUACGCAAUCACCACCAUUGAAUUCAACCCCCGAAGGCAUUGAUGAGAGACUUAAAAAUAUAGAUUCAAAAAUGGUUGAUCUAAUUAAAAAUGAAAUAAUGCACAAAUAUAAGAACAUGGAUUGGAAUGAUAUCGCUGGUUUAGAUUACGUAAAAUCGAUUAUUAAAGAAGCUGUAGUAUACCCCUUACUGCGGCCUGAUAUAUUUACUGGUUUACGUCGUCCUCCUCGUGGUAUAUUGCUUUUUGGACCUCCAGGCACGGGAAAAACGCUUAUUGGUAAAUGCAUUGCUUCUCAAUCGCAGUCAACAUUUUUUAGUAUUAGCUCCUCUGCUUUGACAUCAAAAUGGGUUGGUGAAGGAGAAAAAAUGGUAAGAGCGCUAUUUGCCGUGGCUGCUGUUUAUCAACCGUCGGUAGUAUUUAUCGAUGAAGUAGAUUCUCUUUUGUCAAAACGCUCAGAAUCUGAACAUGAUAGCUCACGUAAAUUAAAAAAUGAGUUUUUGGUGCAGUUGGAUGGCGCUUCAACAAAUGAUGAAGAUCGUGUGCUUAUUGUGGGCGCUACCAAUAGGCCACAGGAGUUAGAUGAUGCUGCACGAAGGCGCUUUGCCAGACGUUUAUACAUUCCCCUUCCCGAAAUAAGUGCUCGAAUACAAAUUCUAAAAAAUCUGUUGGGAACUGUAUGUAACGAUUUAGAUGAAAGUAAUAUACAGGAAGUUGGAAAUCAAACUAAGGGGUACUCCGGUGCAGACAUGGAUAUUCUUUGCCGUGAAGCGUCCAUGGAGCCAUUGCGUUCAAUACCACCGGACCAGAUUCCCCAUAUAGUAAAAGAUAAGGUGCGCCCAGUAAAUUUCGACGAUUUUAUGUCAGCUUUGCAAAGUGUACGCCCGAGCGUGUCAAAAGAUGACUUAGCUCAAUAUAUAGAGUGGAAUAAAGAAUACGGCGCAUUUCGACAAUUAAAAUAACAAUUCUGCCUAUCUGGUUGACUAAAAUAAUAUGUAAAU